AUGACUUCCCGACAUUCCUACGUCACAAGUUCACCCUUGGACUCUCUAUCCGAGAUCAUCAAGCUCGAACCAGAGAAAGAGCCAUGGUGCGCCGGUUACGCUCCUUCGCAGGGUCGUCGCUGUCACGCCCGCACAAAUGCACACGGCCGCAGCUCCGCAAUUAGGCUUCUCAAUGAAGGUACCAAAGACCUUCGAGGCGGUCGCAGUAUUGAUACACUGCUGGAAGCUCUAGCCCCUUAUGUCCUAUGCACAAGGUUCCAUCAAAGUCAAGCCUCGGAUCUCACCAGUCGUUGGAAAAGACAAGUUCGUACAUAUCUCGAUUCACAGGUCGCUUCGACACCAUCUGCAAGGCCAGUGAGGGUAUCAUCCCGAGGUGUAUAUUCAGCGACAAUUGAGGGGGGUACGGAGGAUGGAACUGUCCUUGUCUACCAAAGACUUCGUGAGGCUCUGCAAGAAGAGGUCAGGCGCCUUGAGGUCGCUCGAUACGGUGUUUCAAUCACUGCAAGUCCUCCUACUCGCCAUCAGAGUAGAAGCACAACCACAGUCAGUUCCGGAAGCGGAGGGCAUACAUCAAGCAGAACUACUCCCCCGGCAACUCUCGUUGAUAGAACCGUGGAAAGACCUUCAACAGAACCUACCACUCAGUCCCCUAUUACUGUACCUCGCCCAGCGCAAGCCCAACUCAGUCCUCAAACAAGCGAGGUUUCUGUCUCAAGCCCAAGAUCAGCGACCCCACCAGCUGUGCUCCCCGUCUCCAGUAACACAGAAAACCAGCAAAUCCAGAAUGAAACUUCACAGGUUAACCGCCGCGAAGUUGAAGGAGAAUGUGGAAUCUGUUUGUGCGAUUUGCAUGUUUCACAACAAGAUGUGCAUACAGAUGAAGAAGAGGAGGAUGAGCACAGUGGCGACGAUGACCACAACGACGAUGACCACAACGAUGAUGAUCAAGAUGGCGAUGAAUCCGAUGAGCAACCGGAAGCCGAAGAGCUGGGGGAUGAACACCAAGAUAAAGAAUUAGUUUGGUGCGAGGCACGCUGUGGAGUCAACUUCCACAAGCAAUGCAUCGACCAAUGGCUAGAAACAGCUCACGCUCCCACAUGCCCUGCAUGUAGGAGUAAUUGGAAACACUAA